AUGGGUAUCCCUGAACUAUGGGAGGUCUUGCGACCGGCGUUUGACGCGAGAAUAACCAUUGAUGAAUUGGUUGACCAAUAUAUUACAAAAUUUGGUCGUCCCCCAAGAGUAGCCAUUGAUGCCUACAUAUUUAUCUUCCACGCAGAUCACAGCUCCAUUCCCGAAAAUGAUAAAGAAACCAUUUUGACACAAAAUUUCAUGUCCAAGAUUCUUGCCUUGGUUGGUUUGAAUAUAUCGGUGAUGGUGGUAUUUGAUGGAAUCUUGAAACCCGACAAAUCUGGAGCUGGGAAGCCACUGGAUCAUGAGAAAGAACUAGAAAAGCUUCACCGUACGGAAAACUUUUCUGAACCCAAAGAAUUUAUCCAGCACCUAAAAGAUGUUUUGAAACUUAAUAGCAUUGAGUUUGUCCAAGCUACAGGAGAAGCAGAGGCACAAUGCGCGUACUUACAAAAGUUGGGAAUUGUGGACUUCGUAAUAACUAAUGACGUUGAUAGUUUGGUGUUUGGCGCUACUCAAGUUUUGAGAAAUUAUAGUCGCUUUGUUGAAGACAUUGGACACUCACCAACAAAGAAGCUGGCCACUUUGAAGCAAAAAUAUUACGUCACUCCAGUGAAUAUGAGCAAGGUUGAAGAAAUAACCGGAUUAACUAGAUCCAGAUUGGUAUUUUUGGCCACAUUAAGAAGGGGUGACUACUCAUCAGGAGUUAAGAAAAUGGGCAUUAAGAAUGCGACAAAUUUGGCGCUAAGCGGUACUUUGUUUGGAAAGUUUUACAACCGAUCCUUGACCAAACAGGAAUUACAAGAAGCAAAACGUGGUGAUUUGACACCUUCUGAACCACCACCAGACUUUUCUGAGGAACUAGAAGCUUGCUUUGUCAAAAAGGGUGUUAAUUCGGUUUUUCCUUGGGAUGCUAAGAAAGAUAAACAAGAAAGAGAAACGCUAUUUUCCGAUUUGUUAGAGAAACUCAAUGAACUGUUGCGUGGCUCGAAUCGCGACAUUUUUGGACGUGGUUUUGCUGUCACGGAACGGUUUGAAUUUGAUGAAUAUUUCGUGCUAUUGUAUUUUUUCCCACUAGUACAGACGAGGUUACCGGUAUUCUUGCCCUGGACAUUGAGCUCGGGAGAGCUUUCGAUAAAUUUUCAAAUAAGAUUGGGGUCGGGAAUGAGGGAGGAGCUUUCACGUGUGAGCGAAAUAGAGGAGAUAGAUUUUGACGGCGACUCAGCUUUGAUAGUGCUGAGCACCGACUACUUAUUUGUUCCCAAAACUUACAAUUGGCAAAUCAAAUAUAUCAUAUUCAAAUUGGCCUCAUAUGCCAGUAUGAUAAAAGUUACCAAUGAAAAAUUAGAGGAUGGUAUUGGAAAAGUCAUGCUUAAAUACGACGAACGGGAAGUUCGUAACGCAUUCCCCAUGUCGGUCGAAGCAAGAAGAGUUAUUGAAUCACCUCACAGGAGAAAAGGUGAUGAAGAUUCAAUUAGCUACAUCUGGGUUCCCAAAUCAUUGGUUGAAGUAUACUAUCCUCAACUACUUGAUCAGUAUAUUCAAAAGAAGAAAGAGAAAUUUCGCAGUAAAGGUAGCAAAACUUCACUGCAGCAAAAGACAACAUUAGAUCAAUUGGACAACUCUCCAAUCAAAAAGUCAAGCAGGUACUUCAAUUUGUCACAACCUAUACCAUUUGAGAUAAAACCAUCGAUAUCACCUCCAAAACGUCUGCCAACCAAGAAAAAAGUGAACAAACCAUCACCGAAAAAGCAAGUAACCGUGGUUGAAGGGCAAAGGAAACUUGACUUUUUCCUUAAAUCAAAGAAAGAUAUCAACAACAACCCAUUUCUUGAUCCGGAUUGGUAA